AUGGCGUCCAGCCCAGCCCAACGCCAACGUCCAUUGGUCGCACCGGCGGCUCUUGCUACUGUACCGAUAUCUCCGAACGCGCAGACGGGAGUCACUGGUCGUGGUGCGACUGAUCAACUAACUGUAUGCCUGUGGUUUUCUAACCGUCUGUCUGCCUGUCUGACUGGUUGGUUGGUUGGUUGGCUGGCGGUGAUCAGCGCGAUGAGACGAGAUGCGCAAAACUGGCGGUACCUAGUGAUGGAGGUGGUGGAGCGGGUGCCGGGCCGUCGAGCCCGCGGGGCGGGAACGGAGGAAGCGUGGAGUCAGGGAGUGGGAAAAAGCAGGCGGGCACGCGACGGCGAUCUACUCGAUACCUACAAAAUAGUAUGUAUAUGGGACUAUCUGCUUUCGUGGUAUAUAGCAUUUUCUCUUUUAGUCCCCGGGUAUCCAUCCAUCUAUCCGCCCAUCCCGGCCUCCGCAGCAGCACCCUUCAUCUGCACCAACAACCACAACCACAAUCACUCACACCCAAACCCUCCACACAAACCCUCCACCCUCCGCCUACAUCCCACCUACUACUAUCGCAUAACUCCCCAAACCCAGCCUCAACCCCGACCCCGGCACGCACCCGAAACACCUCCCUACAUAACCGCGCGGGACGUCUCAUUUCCCGGCCGCUCCGAGGCAUGUACAUGCAUGCAUCCGCGCCCAAUCGGAGUUUUCUUUGGGGGGUAUUGUUUUGAAAGAGUGCUGGUGAGAAAACCUAGCCUAACCACACAACCACACAACCCCUUCCCCGCCAAGUACGUGGUAGAGCAGACACAGCCAGGCCAAGCUGCUAAGCGCGCGAGCGGCAGAACUGCUAAACUGCUAUAUGAUGAGCGUGCGGGAUAA